AUGGCAAUGUCAACAUUAGAAUCACUUCCAAAUGAAAUAUUAAUUAAUAUCUUCGAAAAGUAUAUUAAUGGUGUGGAUAUAAUUAUUGCUUUUAUUGAUCAACAAAAUCAACGUUUCAAUGGAUUAAUUAUGCAAUGUCGACAUCACAAUUUUAAUUUUGUUAAUUGUCAAAAAGAUUGUUUUCAUUAUUGUAUCAAUUUUUUACCAAAUUAUAUUGGCAAAAUUAAGAAAUUAGUUUUAUCUGAUCAUAACACUCCUGGUCAAAUUUCAACUUUUUUAUUACGUUUUCCGUUGUUACACAAUUUUAGAAAUAUUCAUAGACUAUCUAUUAACUUUAAUGCAGAAACUGUUUCUUGGAUAAGAAUUCGAAAUGCUCUACGUUCUUUAUCUACCACGAAUAUUCACACUUUAAUAAUUAACGUAAUACAUAUGGAAAGACCAUCAAGAUUGAAUUAUAUUAAUUAUGAUAUGUUUGAUUUACAAAGUAUUAAACGAAUAGAUCUACUGAGCGAUAUUUCAUAUGAUGAUUGGGGUUUAUUACCAACUUUGUUCUCAAAAAUUGAACAUUUGACGAGCAUUAGAAUGUCAUGUGACUUUCAAUAUCUCUGUUCUAUUUUACAGAAUGCUUUUCAUCUCAAAUAUCUUAACGUUAGACUAGAUUCUUCGAGCCUUAGUCGUUUUUUUAAACCGUAUCAACACACAAACGAUAGUAUUAUAUCAAUACCUGUUCUUCAUACAUUUCUAUUGUCUUUUCAAUCUACUGACCCAACAACAUUCGAAAAGCUUGCAUAUUAUUUAAGACGUAUGCCUGCUUUACGUCGCUUAGACAUUAAAGCACAUGGAGCACUUCUUGAUGCAAAUGCUUGGGAGGCUUUACUUCAAACAUCAUUAC